AUGGCUCCUCCUAAGCAAAAUCUUCCUCCCACUCCUCCUCACGAGGAUCCAACCCAUCCCUUUUAUCUAUCUCAUAGUGAUAACCCUGGAGUGCAGCUCGUUACACAGCAACUCACGGGAUCAAAUUACUCUAGUUGGUUUCGCUCCAUGACCACGACGCUCCUUGUGAAAAAUAAACUCGCGUUCGUCGAUGGAUCUAUUGAGCGACCUCAUCCAAAUGAAAAUUUGUAUCCACAAUGGAUGCGUUGCAACAUUAUGGUAGUUUCUUGGUUGCGUAACUCCGUUAAUUCUGAAAUUAGCGCGAGCAUCAUGUAUAUUGAUGACGCGCAUCUGAUCUGGAACGAUCUUAGAGAUCGUUUUUCUCAAGGAAAUAUGGCUCGUGUUUGCCAGCUGAAACAACAACUUCUUAAUCUGAGGCAGGGAUCUGAAGAUGUAGGGUCCUAUUUCACUAAGCUCCAAAUUCUAUGGGAUGAAUACCGCGAUUUCCAACCAACACGAUGGUGUACCUGUGACACUUGCCGUUGUCACAGCUCAAAGAAAUGGAGCGAGUACCAGAUGCAAGAAUGCUCGAUGCAGUUUCUCAUCGGUUUGAAUCCCUCAUUUGCUCAGAUUAGAUCUCAAAUAAUCUCUAUGAUUCCUUUUCCUUCACUGUCACGGAUCUUUGCUAUGGUGCUUCAAGAAGAAUGCCAAAGAUCUAUUGAAUUUGUGCCUCAAGCACCACAAAUCAACACUGAAAAUUCUGGUUCUAUGAUAAAUGCUACGGGUUAUGCUAAAGGCAGAGGUGCAAAAGGAAAAUUUCUUUGCACCAAAUGUGGAAAAACUAACCACACUGUUGAUAAAUGUUUUGAGAUAAUAGGCUAUCCCCCUGGUAAUGGCAGAGGUCGGGGUAAAACACAAUCAGAUAGUGGCAGAUUUGUGAAUCAAGUCAGUGGAGAUGAGUCUGGAAAUUUGUCUAAGGCUAGUGGAACUAUGACAACCGCAGAUAUGGCUCGGAUCAUUUCCUUUUUGCAAUAG